UGUUCACCGGUGCCGCCACGGAGGAGGUAUGCGGACCUGUGUGUGGUGGUGCGGCCGCGGUGGUCUCCCCUUCCGCUCGGGACUACCACUUCUUCUGAUCCCUCCAUUUCUCCUUGCGCUCCAGCUCCUCGUCGUCGGGCCGUGGUUACCUCGAGCCGCGAGGAUGGGGAUGGAGGAGCAGGAGGGCGCGGUUGCGUUUUCCGUUAUCAGCAUCGAACCGGAGAGGAGCUCACGCCAAAGGGAAACUCUGUCCCGGCGACCGGAUCUGGCAGAGGAGGGAGAGGAGGUGGAAGAUGGGAAAGGGAUGGAGGGGGCAAGAGCAUAUGAGGACGAGAACGAGAUGCACUCGAGCCAGGUCAGACCGAGACCUUUGGAGUUGCAGCCUUUGGCUGCAGACAAGCUGUCUUUCUCAGCAGAACUCAAUCGUAUCGUCACAUAUAUUACCAGGCCACAGCUGAACUGCUCCAGGGUUUUAUCUCCAGGUCUGGCUCAGGCAUCACAGCCGCCUGCAGCUUCACCUGUCUGGCUGCUGUGUGCUGAGGAGUGGCUCCUUCCAGCUGCAGAUACACCAUGUGUUGCAUACUCCUUCAGUAUGGAUGGGGGAGAUGCAGACUUUCUAAAGACUGUUUCAGGGCUGGAAUGUGAAGUCCACAGUUUUGAUCCCAGUAACUCCAAUGCAUCUGGUGGUCACCUUGGCAACAGUUUGGCCAGUAACCAUGGUAACGGAGGUGUGGCGAGCCAGCACAAGAUGUGGCUGGAGUGGCGGGCACCAAGGAAGCGCAAGCACAAGACAAGAGGCAACCUGGGUAGUGUUUCUCAAACACUGGCAGAUAUCAUGGCAGCUUUGGGACAUCACACAGUUCACUUCCUGUAUGUUGAUCUGCUCAGUGCUGAGUGGCGAGUUUUUCAGAACUGGAUCGAGACUGGGACUUUGCAGAGUGUUCUUCAUCUGGUUGCCACAGUGCACCUGCAAUGGGCAGGGUUUGAGGUGGGCGGAACCAAUGAAGAAGUGCUCCGCUAUUGGUUCAGUGUCCUGCAGGGUCUCCAAGACUCUGGACUAAAGCUGGUCCAUAGCUCUGCAGGAGAGGGACACAGUGUCUUAAAACAGACAGCAGCAAAUGCUCACAGCUCCUAUACACUCAGCUGGGUCAACAUGAGACACUGACAGUUGUGAAUGGACAAUGGUGUACACACGACCAGACAUUGUGGGUGGCCUGUAACAAAAAAGAGAGGAUUAAAAUUAAAGUAGUUGUUGGGAGUCAGACUUUCAGUUUGUUUCUUUUUCCUUUGAGUCAGGCAGACAGGUUCUUAACAUGACAUCUCCAUCUAGUGGAGAUGAAGGGAUCUGCUAUUUUAUAUGUCUCCACCCUCAGAAGGAAAUACUGUAGUUCUUGAACAUAAUACUGGUUGAUUUUUGCCAAAUAUGUAGCUGAAUGAUUGCUUUCUCUGGGUACAAUGAACGGAUGUUUAACAAACAUUAAAGGGUGUAGUUUUCUCACUGGCAACAUAAGGGACACAUUUUCUUUUCUCUUUUUCUUUUCUAUUUUUUUCAUUGACAGUAUGAGUUGUUCUAUUGCUCUGGUAAUAUAUCAAUAUAUCUUCAUUAUGUCAUAAACAGUACAACCUCUUUUGUAUUCCUUUGAUGGAUAUAGCUAAGAUCCAGAUGUUUGAAUGUAGUCUUUGAAUUGAUGAUGGAGUGUAUUUAAGAACGUUUCUGUAGGCCUUAAAAUGCUUUUUUGUGCAAUAAACUGUUGACACAGAAGAUUGUUUAAAUGAUAAUGAAAAAUAUUGUGCCUGCUGUGGAAUUUCUUGAAUUUUUUU